UAUAAAUUUCAUUCUUCCAUUCUCAAAUUUAAAAAUCACACAAAAUUUAGGAUUUGGGAUUGGUAAGAUAGACAGAAUGAUGGGAGACGUAUCCUUAGAAUCGCCACACCCUCUACAGAAAUUCUCCUUAUUACUCAAAUUCCACUUGAGUAACUCUUCCCUCAACGGCGGCAAAGCUGCCUCAGACAACCACGAUGCAGCCAUUCUUAUGGCGGCGCCAUCAGAGUGUGACAAAGAAUCGCCAAGUAAUUGGAAUUUGAGGCCCAAAAGAGUGACAUGCAAGAAAACUACUGUCAAUGAAUCGGAAAUUGACCCACCAAAAUUAGGGAAAGAGAAAGACAAAUCUACUGUAAUUCGAGAAGCAGACAAGAAGAAGAUGACAAUUCCCAAGUUCUCUAUUUCACUCACGAAAGAGGAGAUUGAAAUGGACUUAUUGACCAUGGUUGGACCCAAGUCGGUUAGGAGACCCAAGAAGAAGAGAAGCAAAAUUGUUCAGAGAGAGCUCGAUUGCGUAUUUCCAGAGUCUGCAAACGAAAAACUAGAAAUUGGGUCUCAAGGCCAGCGGAGGAAGAUGGAGGCGAUCGGAAGCGGGGGUGGUGGCGCAAACGGUGAUGGGACCAAGUGGAGAUGGUGGGCCUUGGCAAGCACUGCCCAGCUCGUUUGGGGCGUGUCAUCGUUUCAAAAAGGUUGCGCCGGUGACGGUAGCCUCAUGCCGUUUAAAGCCUUUGCGGUUGCUUCACUCUUCGUCGGCUCCGCCGCCUCAGCCUCCUUUGCUGCGCUUAAAGCUUCCGGCAUCCACAAGGUAGAGGAUCUUGUGAAGGUGGGAAGAAAUAUGAGGACAGGACUUGGGAUUCCUCCGAGGGUACGAGAGGAAAAAUAACACUCAACUCAGAGCUACAGAGUUUCCUUCACUUGAAGCAGCAUCGACGAUGUUGAAUAAAGCUUAUUUGUUUUAGGUUGAAUGGCGGUGAAUUUUGUAUCAUCUGAAAGAAUAGAUAAUCUAGUUUUAUGGGAUCAUUUUUUUUAAAGUUUUUCUCCAA